GAAGGGAGGCGGUGGAGGAGGGCUGCGGCCUGGCUCAGAAUUCGGAGAGGCCGGACGGAGGGACUGAAGAGCCGCCGUCGUAGCCGCCCCCGCCCCCCCGCCACUGCUGAGAGGCCCCGUCCCGAGGAGGCAUCAUGAGUGACCAGCAGCUGGAUUGUGCCUUGGAUUUGAUGAGGCGUCUGCCUCCCCAGCAGAUUGAGAAGAACCUCAGUGAUCUGAUUGAUUUGGUCCCCAGCCUCUGUGAAGAUCUCCUAUCUUCUGUUGACCAGCCUUUGAAGAUCGCUCGUGAUAAAGUAGUGGGGAAGGACUACUUACUGUGCGACUACAACAGAGAUGGAGACUCCUAUAGAUCGCCGUGGAGCAACAAAUACGACCCUCCUCUGGAAGAUGGUGCCAUGCCAUCCGCCCGCCUGCGCAAACUGGAGGUGGAAGCGAACAACGCCUUUGACCAGUACAGAGACUUGUAUUUUGAAGGGGGCGUUUCCUCCGUCUACCUCUGGGAUCUGGAUCACGGAUUUGCUGGCGUGAUUCUAAUUAAGAAAGCUGGCGAUGGAUCAAAGAAGAUCAAGGGGUGCUGGGAUUCCAUCCAUGUGGUGGAAGUUCAGGAGAAAUCCAGUGGCCGCACUGCCCAUUACAAGCUGACCUCCACAGUGAUGCUCUGGCUGCAGACGAACAAAACCGGCUCUGGCACUAUGAACCUUGGGGGCAGCCUCACCAGACAGAUGGAAAAAGACGAGACUGUGAGCGACUCCUCUCCACACAUAGCCAACAUUGGGCGCUUGGUAGAGGACAUGGAGAAUAAAAUCAGAAGUACGCUGAAUGAGAUUUAUUUUGGGAAAACGAAGGACAUUGUCAAUGGACUGAGGUCUGUGCAGACUUUUGCGGACAAAUCAAAGCAAGAAGCUCUGAAGAUCGACCUGGUGGAGGCUUUGAAGAAGAAGCAGCAAAGCUAAAACGAAAACGAAGAAAACCCGCUCCGUUGACGAUGCUAACGAGACAUGCCAUGCUCUCAUUAGAUUCCUUUUUCUUAGAGAACUUUCCCCCCUCUCCCUUUCUCCUCUCCCCCACCACCCGCCUGCCACUAUAUUUUCUGUCUGCGUCUCCAUCACAUCAUGCCCACGUACAAAGUGCUGUCUCAAGUCCCACCCCCUCCCUAACCCCACCCCGGAUGAAUAAAGCUGUAUAAACUUUCA